GCAGCCUCCACACCACACCCAUGGCCUGCAACAGCCUCUGCCGAUCCUCCGGACCCACCCCGCUGGCCAACAGCUGCAACCAGCCCUCGGUCCUGCAAAGCCAGGAUUCCCGGGUUGUUAUCCAGCCUCCCCCCGUCAUGGUCACCCUGCCAGGACCCAUCAUGACCUCCUUCCCCCAGAGCACCGCCGUCGGAUCCACCUCCUCCGCUGCUCUGGGCGCUGAGCUCAGUGCCCAGGGACAGCCCAUCUCUGGUGGCUUUGGCUGCGGCCUGGCAGGCCUGGGCUGCUCUGGCACAAGGGGCUAUGGCUCCAUCUGCUAA